AUGUCCCCAUCACCCUCCUCCUCCCGAACAGAAACCAUCCACGAUUCGAACUCCUCCUCCUCCACCAACAACCGUACCUCCAACUCUCCAAACGAUGGACAACACGAAAACAGACCCUCCACCCCGAAAUCCCUCCUCCUCACCCACGCCUCCCACAUAACAUGGAACUACUUCCCCCUCACCAUGUCCACCCUCUCCCUCAGCGUCCUCCUCUCCAACCAACCCUUCACCUUCCCCUCUCUCCUCACCCUCGGCACCAUCCUCUUCGUAACUGGUCUCGUCCUCUUCGUCCUCCUCACCUUCGCCAUCCUCAUCCGUUUCUACACGCAUCCAGGCGCAUUCGCGAAUUCCCUGCACCAUCCCACGGAAUCCUUCUUUGUCGGGUCCUGGUGGGUGAGCGUCGCGCUGCUGUUGAAUUGUAUACAGAGCUACGGCGUGCCCUCCAGCGGGCCGUGGCUGGUAACGGCAAUGGAGGUGUUAUUCUGGGUGUUCAUAGGCGCCGCCAUCCUCGUCGCCGUCUUCCAAUACCACGUCAUCUACGAGCGGGAAUCGCUGUCCAUUCAAGACGCGCUGCCGGCAUGGAUCCUCCCCGCGUACCCCUUCCUCGUAACAGGAAAUCUGGCGGGCGCCAUCGUCGCGAGCCAGGCCCAGGAAGCCGGGUUGCGGAUUUGGAUUGCCGGGUUGACGGUGCAAGGGUUGGGGUGGAUGUUGGCGAUUUGGAUGUACUCGGUUUAUCUGGCGAGGUUGAUUAGUGGGACGUUGCCGGAGGAGGGGGGGAGGCCGGGGAUGUAUGUUGCUGUUGGACCGGCUGCAUACACCUCAGCAGCCCUCGCCUCCCUCGGAAGCACCUCCAAAAACCUCCUCCCCAACUCGCACUUCGCGCAAUCCCUCUCCUCAACCCUCGCCCUCCCCCCCACCACCAUCGCAGCCAUAACCGCGACCCUCGGCCUCCUAGCAGCCAUCUUCACCUUCCUCAUCGCCUUCUUCUUCUUCCUACUCUCAACCCUAUCCAUCCUGCGCGGCGUCCGCAAGAUGAGCUUCACGCUCAACUGGUGGGCGUUCAUCUUCCCGAACGCCGGCAUGACGAUUGCGCUACUGGCUAUCGCGGAGCAGCUGGGAAGUAAGGGGAUGCAGGGGGUAGGUGCCGGCGCGACGGUUGUGUUGGUGGGGAUGUGGUUUUUUGUUGCGGGGAGUCAUAUCCUGGCGGUGGUGAGAGGGGGGACCGCGGGGUUGGUGCCGUGGGUUGGGGGGGUUAAUGGGGAGGGGAGGGGGAGGGGGAAGGCGAGGAAGAGGGGGAGGAGGGGAGAGAGGGAGGUGGAUGAUUAG